CAAAGAGCAGAUGAUAUUCAAAUUAAUUGAUAGAGUGGAUGGAUUCAAAGGGUCUUUCCUGGUUGGCUAUACACAAUUGCAUAAAGAACAAUUCCAUGCAUUUGAAAAGUUUGAAAGUUUGAGAGGAAUCCUGAUGCAUCAUCGAAAGUCCUUGGCAGUUUACGCAAAUGGAAGUCUAAAUGUGAAUGUGAGCAUCCAGACCAGGCUGGCCAGUAACCCUAAACUUUUUCUGAAGAGCUGUGAGGUUGUGUCAGUAUCACAAGAUUCUGGAAGGACCAAACUCAUUGAGGAUGGGUGUCCUACCGUCAAUGGAUUAUCUAGUUUUCACAAUGGAAAUUCCUCGUUUGUGUUGCUUUCUGUCAAUUCAUCGAUACCAAAGAAUUUCACUCUCUUUAUAUGCGAGUUGCAGAUAUGUUCUGAAAAACAUUGUGGCUGCACCAGAAAUAAGCUGGAAAAAAUCUUUGUUCCAAAUUCAAACUCUCUCCAGGAGAACUACUUUGAGAUUGGGCCAAUCAUAGUUAUGGAAAGGAUGGCUGAAGAUGAGACUCUGAAUGGGACCAAGGCGUUUGCUUCACAUCCAGGAAUGUGCCCCAACAAGGAGAAUGCAACGGGGAACCGCACUUGUAGAUGGGACACUGACUGUCCAGGACUGCAGAAGUGUUGCAUCAUCAGCGGGGAAUCAGUGUGCACCUCACCAAUUCCAGCAACGGAUGAAGGGUACUUCAAUUUGUUGAUUGAAGUGAAACAGGAUUUUGAGCAGACCAAAGUGGAUCUGAUGAAUCAUCUGAGAUUCUUGUAUUCAGUGGUGAUUGGUGCUCUGCACUCAGUGAACUGCUCCAUCUAUCACCUCCACACCCAAUCAGAUGGAGGGAACAAAACCCUGUCAAAGCUCCUGCUCGGCACCAGACCUCCUACAACAUUGGGGAAUAUAUCUAAAGAGCUACAGAAGGUUCUGAUAAACAUUGAUGAAAUUUGUCACUUGGAAACUAAAGAUAUCAAUGAAUGUGAACAUGAGGAGCUGAAUUCCUGUUCUCUAAGAGCUACCUGUUCAAACACGGAUGGGUCUCACAACUGCAAAUGUCAGAGUGGCUUCACCGACAGAGAUCCUUCUGGACGAGGCAGAGACUGCAGAGAAGUGACCACGGCAGUUCUGAUUCCUGAAUCCAUCUCAAGUACUGCAACCCCGAUCAUCACGGAUCUAGAAAGAUCAAGACCUAACAUCCCAUCAACUGAAUCACCCUUAUGUUCUCCUGUUUCAGUUACAAACCUGACGAUCGUCAAUGUCACCGGCGUCAGUUUCCAAGUCACUUGGGCACGAGAUACAAGCAAGAACCAAACAGUCACAGUGCGGGUGCUGAGGGAGGAUAUCACAGUGAAUGAAAUAGAGACACAAGAAAUGAAUUGGACAGUGCCGGCUUUGGAGCCUGCGGUCCUAUACACUGUGGAAGUCUACUGGCAAUCUUGUGGAAACAACUUUACCAAAGAGAUAAAAGUAAAAACAGCUGCACUGUUGUUGAAUGGACAGGUGAUAAUCCAGAACUAUAAUUUCAGUGAAACUCUAAGCAACACCAGCAGCAGCCAAUUUAGGAAAUUCCUACAGCUCUGGCAUCAAGAGAUUGAACGAUCCCUUCCACCAACAAUUCAUCAAUGGUACAAAAGUAGGAAAAUUCUGGCCCGUAUAAAAUCUCUCAGCUAUGGGAGCAUUGUGGUGAACUUUGAAAUUGUUAUUGAUCCGGGAAUUCAGCUGAAUAUCUGGAAUGCAUCCUCUGCUUUGAUCUCCUCUCUUUACAACAGCUCUGUCUUUGAAUUCAAUCACAACAGUACCUCUAUUUCAGAUGUUAAUGAAUGCACCUCCCCUAUUUACAAUGAUUGCUCGCCUCAUGCAAUGUGCAAAAACACUGAGGGAUCCUACGUGUGCAUCUGCAGCGACAGUUACAGAGAUGUGAAUCCAGCCUGGCCUGGUAGAUCCUGUGAAGAAAGUACUACCACUGUGCUAACUCCAGCAAGUGCUCAGGAACAAUCUUCUACUGUAUUUGCCUCUGCCAUGAUCACCUAUGUGAAUGGCCCUGAAUUUCCAGCCAGCUUUCCAUAUUCAGAAACUCCUCACUGUGGUCCUUCCCCAGUUGUCAAUUUGACCAUUUCCAAUGUUACCAGCAGAGGCUUUCAAGGCACAUGGAGCACAGAUACUGCUGAGGAGCAGGUAUAUAUUGUUCAGGUGUUAAAAGACAAGAGCAUAGUCAAUGAGACAAAGACACAAGAAAUGGAAUGGAGCGUUUCGGGAUUGGAAGCCAGCACAGAGUACCACAUCAGUGUCAUAUCCAGAGCCUGUGAACAAGAGAGCAUGCCCAUUGAGCUGAACGUAAUAACAGCUCCUUCUCCAGUCACUAACCUGACUGUCUUUGAGGUCACUGGCACCAGUUUCCUUGUGACUUGGACGACAGAGACCUAUUACGAGCAGGCAUUUAUUGUGCAGCUCCUGAAGAAUGAUAGCAUUGUGAAUGAAACGGAGACCUUGGAAUUGGAGUGGACCGUGUCAGGACUGGAGCCAGAGACUGAGUACACUUUGAGCAUCGUCUGCAGAGCCCGUGAAGAAGACAGCACUGCCACAAAGCUGAGAGUGAAAACAGACCCUACCCCGGUGAUAAAUUUAACUGUUUCCAAUGUGACCACUGGCAGUUUCCACCUGACAUGGACAACAGACACUUACGAAGAUCAGACGUUUAAUGUUCAGGUGUUGAAGAAUGAGAGCAUUGUAACGGAAAUGGAGACUACAGAGCUGGAAUGGACAGUGUCUGGUUUGGAGCCUGAGACCAAGUAUACUGUAAGCGUAGUCUCCAGAGCCUGUGAAGAGGAGAGUGCUGCCACAGAAAUGAGUGUAAAAACAGAAGCCCUCCUGGAUGCUCUCAGUUAUACAUCCAGUUCGCAACAGUCUAGUACUGGGGUUGUGUCCACAAUGACCAUCUAUCCAAACACUUCUGGAUUCCCCCUGGGCUUUGCAUAUACAGAAGUUCCUCCAUGCUCGGCUCCUUCACCCAUUAUAAACUUGACAGUUUUCAAUAUCACCACCAAGAGUUUUCACAUAACCUGGACAACCGAUAACUACGAAGAGCAGACAUUUAUUGUCCAGCUGUUAAAGAAUGAUAGUGUUGUGAAGGAAACAGAAACCCUGGAGCUGGCUUUAACUAUAUCAGGGUUGGAACCUGGGACUGAAUACACUGUGAGCGUCGCCUCGAGAUCUUGUGAGCAAGAUGGCAUUGCCACUGAGCUGAAUGUAAAAACAGCUCCAUCUGCAGUCACCAAUUUGGCUGUAUCCAGUAUCACCAGUGAUGGCUUUCAAGUAACUUGGACAACAGAUACAAGUGAAGAGCAGACCUAUGUCGUGAAGGUGUGGAAGGAUAAUAUCAUCGUGAGUGAGACGGAGACACAGGAACUGGAGUGGAUCACAUCAGGACUAGAGCCUGGGACUGAGUACACUGUAACCGUGGUGUCCAGAGUGUGCGAGCAAGAGAGCAUUACUGUGGAGCAAAAUGUGAGAACAGCUGCACGUAUCAUGGAAGGGCGAGUGAGGAUAAUGAAUUUAAUGUUCAACGAAGGGCUGGGAAACAGCAGCAGUGAUCAGUUCAAGGCCUUUACAGAGCAAUUUGUUGCAGAGAUCUUGAAAUCUUUACCCAACUACACUGCCAACCUUUUAGCUUCUGGGAAAUUCAAGAUUGUGGUUAAAUCACUCCAAGAAGGAAGUGUGAAUGUGGACUUUCAAGUGGUCUUUGAUGAAGAGCUGGCGGCCGAUGUUUCCGAAAUUAUCUGGGACCUUGUGGCUUCAUUAGAGGAUGGCUCAGUUUUUAUUUUUGAUCCUGACAGCACAGACAUUUCAGAUUACAAUGAGUGUGCCUCACUUGAAGACAAUGACUGUUCAUUCAAUGCAAAGUGCAUCAACACAGAGGGGUCCUACACCUGUAGUUGCUCUGACAGUUUUGUAGAUGCAAACCCUGUUCAACCUGGCAGAAACUGCAGAGAACCCAUAGUGGCCAACCCGAUCACAACUACAGCAGCUGCUGAAUCAAUCAUGAUAAACUGUAACCUCCAUGAGAUCUCUGUCAUAAUGGAGCGAUCAUUUUUGGAAGCGAGGCAGAUACCAGCAUCAUCGCUUUAUCUGGGGAACUCGCACUGCAAUAGGAGCUUCGGAAACUUGACCCAUGUUGCCUUAAAGGUCGGAUGGACUGAGUGCGGAACUCAAAUUUCCAACAAUGACACUCACACAGUUGUGAAAACAACACUACAGAACAUUGUUUCAUCGAGCACAGUCUCUGCUGAUGGUAACCUUGAGGUCCCUGUAAAUUGCACGUUUGACAACAGCCUCUUACUUCCUGCUGGCUAUGCUCCAAAUGGGAGGAAUCGAAUGAGCCUGGAAGGAACUGAAAACUACAUGGCCAGCAUUGAAACCUUCAAUGGAAACCAGACAUUAUUGGAAGACCCCCUUCUGGACCCUGAAGAUGAAGUGUCCAUACAAGUAUCAAUUGAUACAGCAGACAACAGAGCCAAGUUGAUCCUUGCAGAGUGCUGGGCAACACCAAGCAACAACGCAACUAGCGACUCUUUGUAUACAAUUAUCAAAACUGGAUGCCCAGUUCCAGGAUCACAGAUAAAAAUGUCUGAAAAUGGAAACUCCACUAGUGCAAAUUUUACUCUGAAAGUGUUUUCACUCAUUAGCAUGCCUUUUGUCUAUAUACACUGCCAGACUCAGGUCUGCUUGGAACUGAAUGGGUCCAUUUGCCAGCCGUCGUGCAGUGGCUUGCAUUCAAUCGAGGGUGCUGAAGUUGUUGCAGAGAGGACUGUGUCACUUGGGCCCCUGUAUCGCAGAUACCGCAACGAUGAUGAACCUGUGGUGGAGCUGGAUGAAAAUAUCUCGGCGCUGAGGGCAGUGGUGGGUCUCGGAAUUCUCCUCUGCCUGAUGCUCGUGGUAAUAUCUGCAGUUAUGAUGACGGUGUACACCCGGCGGGGCCACAGCUUCACUACUCAGCCCACUGGCCCGAACUACCAGGCUUUUGACAACUACUGA